CGAAUUUUUAGUGGUAAGCCGAAAACGUAUCUUUGAGAAUAACAAAUAUUAUUGUUCUAAACGUGCUACUUGAACACAUUAUACUCUAAAUUAAACAUAUUAACUUAGUAAACGCUUUUCUCGCGCCGUAACUUUCGUGUGACAAAGCUAACUAGCUAGGUAGCUAAUGUCCAUGCUUCAGUGUUGCUUUUGAGGUAUUUUUAAUGAGCCUGUAGUGAUGGCUGGCAGCAGGAUGAAGCUGGAUCUGUCCAGAGUUGUCCAAGGAAGGGGUCGCCUGGGUCUCCUGAAGGAGGUAGGGAGGAUGGGGCAACACUCGGUGGAUAUUCCUGGAUGUCUUCUGUACACGCACCUGGGUAGCGUCCCCCACCUCACCCAGGACACCCUGCACACCAUCAGCUGCCUCCCCGCAGUCACUCAUGUCACCCUAUCCAACAUGGCAGAGCACCAAGAAGUGCUGGAGGAGUUUAAAGGCGGAUUGAAGAAAUUUGCAGGCCUUCAUGAUACGGUGUUGUACUGCUCACUUCAUGACCCUGCAGCCCACUGCCCAACGGGCCACACCACAAACAAGACGGUGUCAGUAUGGGGCAGCGGUGGGCGGAUAGAGCUGACGGCGGCUAAGUUCAUGGCCCUCCAGAAGACGGUGCAGCCAGACUGGUACCAGAGCAUGGCGGAUGGGGAGACCUGGCAGACCGGCACGUCUCGAAAAAGGGUGCGGAAGUCAGUGGACCGAACUUUAGCUCAUUUGGAUGAGUGUCUGACGGUGCAUCAGAAAUCCCAGGACUUGGAAGGAGUCGAUAUUUUCGGGGUGGUGGAGGGAGGGGACAUCUUGGAGGAGCGAGUGCGCUCUGCCAGGGAGACGGCCAAACGGCCCGUGGCGGGAUUCUGCCUCGAUGGCUUCCAGACUGGUGCUAUGGAUCAGGCCCUGAGGAGCCAGCUCAUCACUGCUGUGACUCAGGAGCUGCCUGAGGAUAAACCCAGAUUGCUGCAAGGUGUAGGUCGACCCGAUGAGGUGCUGGAGUGUGUUGAAGCAGGAAUCGACCUUUUUGAGGGCUUCUUCCCGUUCCAGGCGACGGAACGAGGCUGCGCUCUCUGCUUCAGCUUCGACAUCACGCCCAACCCAGAGCGAGCAGCGCCAGAUGAAGAGCCGCACACAGCGGGGGGGACUCAGCUGAAUGGAGAUGUUAAUUGUGAUGAUCAAACGCACAUGACACGCUUCGAGAUGAACCUCAAAGACAAAAGGUAUCAGGAUGACUUCAGGCCCCUGGUGGAAGGGUGUGGCUGCUACUGCUGCCGGAACCACCAGAGGGCGUACGUGCACCACUUGCUAAUGACCAAUGAGCUGCUGGCUGGAGUUCUGCUCAUGAUUCACAACACAUGCCACUACCACAGCUUCUUCAGAGCAAUCAGAGAAGCUUUGGCUAAUGACAAAAUGGACCUCCUCAGGAGGAGCGUGCUUUGGAAUGGAAAGGAGUGAAAGGAAUAAGUUGGAAAAAAGGAAGGGGAAAAGUCAGAAAAUAUUCCUCUUAACUGGCACAAUGAAGUCAAAGGCAACUAUUUUCCAGUCACGGGUUUCUGUAAUGUUGCACAAACCUUCAGAUGACUCACUUUGUAUGUUUGCUAAACCCACAUCUUUAAAUAAUAAAGAACAAAA